AUGUCUAUGAGAAAUUUUGAAUCUGGAUGUGCCAAAAGAAAAAGGAAGGAAAAGAUUGAAAAGUUGAUUAAAUCUCAAGAGGGAGCACUUGAUAUGUUUUUUGGUAGUAGUAAACGAACUCACAACGAUGACAUAGCUGCUGAAGAAGUGUUAAAUGUGAAUGACAACAAUAAUAAUACAAUUGAAGAAGGACAUUGUGUGAUGAAUGAAGAGGUAUCUACUGACAAAGAUAAUGAACCAUUUUCUCUCGACCUUGUUGACCCAGCAAAUUGGGGAAAUAUGAAUACAAAUUUAAGAGAUUUAAUUGUAAUGAAAGGUCCUCUAUUUAAGAAUGAUGGGAUCAGAACCCAAUUGGCACAUGAUCGGAAAAAUGUUGGUGAAAAACUUAAAAUGCACGAAGCAAGUUGUGACCAUAUCAAUAACAUGAAUAAAUGGAUAGAAAUGGAAUUAAGAUUUGAAAAGAGUAAAACAAUUGACAAAAGUGUGCAAGAACAAAUCAAUAGAGAUAGAGAACAUUGGAGACAAGUAUUAUUGAGAAUAAUAUCUGUGGUGAAAACUCUUGCUGAGAAUAAUUUAGCAUUUCGUGGGGACAAUGAGAAGAUAUAUCAAGAAAAUAAUGAUACAAGUCACGAAGAACAAAUGUCAAUGAUAUUGAGGUGUGUAGAUAUUUCGACAAGUCCAGUGAAGGUUGAAGUAUUCUUUUUAGGGUUUUUAUUAGUAGAUGAUACAUCAGGUAAGGGGCUUUUAAAGGAAUUGGUGGAUGCUUUGAAUAAUCUAGAACUUGAUAUUGAUAAUUGUUGUAAUGUUAACAGAGUAAGCAAACAAUUGCAAGCAGAAGACAUGCAUAUUGAUGUUGCUAUAGACCAUUUAAAAGGCCUCAUUUCAUUUUUCAAAAGUUAUACAGAAUCUGGUUUUGAAUCGGCCAUGGUUGAUACUAAAGAGAUUGCAAGUGAAUUAGAAAUUGAACCGAUAUUUCCUAAAAAACGGGUUAUACAUAGAAAAAAACAGUUUGAUGAGAUUUCUUCUGAAGAGAUAACACAAACAGCUGAAGAAUCUUUUAAGAUCAAUUAUUUCAUAUAUAUAGUGGAUCAAGCUCUAUCAUCACUUCAGAAUAGAUUUGAGCAAUUUCAGAAAUAUGAUGAUAUUUUUGGAUUUUUGUUUGAUUUGAAAAGACUUAAAUCUAUUGAUGAUGAUGUUUUGAAAUGUUCUUGCAUUAUACUUGAAAAUUAUUUGAAGCAUAAUACAAUUUCUGAUAUUGAUGGAAUAGAAUUAUUUUCUGAAUUGAAAGUUUUAAGGGAAGGAAUAUCUGCAAACAUUUUUGGAGCAAUUGAUGUAUUGGAUUACAUUAAGAAAAUGAACUGUUGUUAUGCAAAUGCCUGGAUUGCUUAUGGAGUAUUAUUAACUAUUCCUGUCACAGUUGCCUCUACCGAAAGAAGUUUUUCAAAGUUGAAGUUGAUUAAAUCUUAUCUUCGAUCAUCCAUGUCACAAGAGCGAUUGAAUGGAUUAGCUCUGAUUUCUAUUGAAAAAAAUAUGUUGGACAAACUUGAUGUUAGUAGUUUGAUUACUAAUUUUACAUCUCAAAAUGUGAGAAGGUUAAAUCUUAUGCUAGCCUAA